AUCUUUCGUCAACAAUGUAAUGUUUCAAGUGAAAUGUUUGAUGGUUUUUGUGUAUGUUUGUGAUGUUUUUGACCAGUUUUGAGACACGGUGAUAAAACUAGGAUUAUGGAGGAGUCCAACGAAGACCUCAAUGUCGUCCCAGAACUCUACUUUCUGAUAGCGAAAUUUCUCUCCGGCGGCCCGCUUAAAGAGACUGCAAAGACACUGUUGAAAGAGUUGCAGAGCGUAGACGUCCUACCUCGACGGCUCGACUGGGAGGGCAGCGAGCAUCCUCAAUCUUUCAAUGAAUUGAACUCCCAAUACUCGGAGGUGUCAUGGCGUCGCCUGGCCGCGGUGUGCGAGCGGGCGCUCCGCCUCGCGCGCUCCGCCCCGCCGCGCAUAGACAACACGGAGCAAGUGCUCAGCGCGCGCUUGUCUCUGCUCAGCGAGUCGCUGGUGCACGGCCGGCCGAAGUACGCGUCGCACAAGCAGGACCACACGCUGGUACGUCGACUAAUAUGCCGCGAGUUAGGUGGCGGGCCCCGGGGCCCCGCGAACGGCGCGGGCCCCGUGUGUCCCACAGGGCACGGGGGCCCGUUCCCUGCACGUUUGCUACGGGGCCUCCAGUUACAGCGGCGCACGCUUGGCCAUUUGUCAGCCGUGUAUUGUUUAGUGUUUGACUCGACAGGGAAAUAUGUUGUUACUGGUGCCGACGACCUGUUAGUCAAAGUAUGGAGCGCCAUAGACGGUCGUCUGUUAGCAACGCUCCGCGGCGCAGGCGCAGAGAUAACAGACGUGUCUAUAUCCAGUGAUGGAGCGCUACUGGCCUGUGGCUCGGUCGAGCGGCUCGUGCGAGUGUGGUGUCUAGUUACUGGCGCGCCGAGGGCUGUGUUGCAUGCACAUGCGGGGACGAUUACCUCGGUCCACUGGGCGCCGCCCGCGCACUCGGACGUCCGCUGGCUCGCGUCCACGUCCACGGACGGCUCGGUCGCGUUCUGGACGUGCUCCGUGGACGGGCAGUUCCUCUCGCAGCCGGUGCAGUACGUGGAGCGCAUGCGGCCGGGCGCGUGCCACAUGAUAUGCGCCGCUUGGUCCUCGGGCGGCGCGUUCCUAGCGUGCGGCAGCGCGGACCACCACGUGCGCAUAUACUCCGUGUGUACCGGCGGCCCGAGACGAGUGCUCGAGACAGCUGUACACUUGGACGCGGUGGACAGCAUUGCGUGGGCGCAUAGAGGGCUGCGAUUUGUCUCGGGUAGCAAAGAUGGCACGGCAGCCCUAUGGACGUUAUACGCGACGCAAUGGAGACAUUCGUUGUUGCGUACGUGCGCGCCGGAUGAGCAGAAGAAGUUGAAAGUGACCAUGGUUUGCUGGGACUGUAGCGACGAAUAUGUUAUGACCGCUGUCUCGGAUAAUACUGUUAGGGUAUGGUGCGCACGUACGUGCACGCAAGUACGCUCGCUGUGCGGGCACAGGGACGAAGCGUACGUGCUCGAAGCACACCCGUUCGUGCCGGCCGUGCUGCUGUCCGCAGGGCACGACGGACAGCUGUUCGUGUGGGACGCGGCCGCCGGCGAGGUACUAGCCCAGUUCCACAACGUAAUAGAGGGGCAGGGGGAGGGGGCGAUAUUCGACGCGAAGUGGGGGGGAGGGGACACGAUAGCCGCGUCCGAUUCCCACGGCCACGUGCUCUUGCUGGGACUGGGCAAGGGGCACAGACUGCUCGCCCAAUUGCCCACGGAGCUGUUCUUUCACACGGAUUAUAGGCCUCUGGUACGCGACGCGCUAGGGGGUGCGCUAGACGAACAGACAGAAAUCCCACCCCACUUAAUGCCACCACCAUUCCUGGUGGACGUGGAGGGAGCACCCCACGACCCCCAGUACCAAAGACUCGUCCCUGGGAGGGAGAACCUGGCAUUAUCCCAGUUGAUACCUCACGCUGAUGCAGCAAGGAGCAGAUUGGAUGCGAUGAUUGAAGCGUUGGCUGCCGAUCCGGCAACGCCGCCCGCACAUCCGGCACCGCAGCCUGCUGGUGUAUGGCGCGGUGAGGGCGUGCGGCACACGGCCGGCACGUGGCAGCCGCUGGACGUGCCGCUCAGCACGCGCCCCGUCGUGCUGCCGCUGCCGCCCGCGCACCGCGACCGGAUCGAGCGCGCCAGUGCAGAACUAAACAGCCUAGAGAUGGCGUGGUAUCGCCGGGAGAUGAGGCGCAGACCCCUCAUGAUAUCCACGGCUGGUGGGGAUGGGGCUGCGCGGAGGAAGCCGGGGCGAAGGCCCAGGGCUCCCGCGCCGAGGGCGAGGCCGCAGCCGCCGCAGCCGGCGCAUACGGAGGAACGCUCCGAAGCGGACGGCGACGUCGAUCCGGACGGCGAUCCGGACGCGGACGACCGCUCGUCCGACUCGUCGGACAGCAGCACGUCGGACGAGUCCGUCCGGCUGUCGUCGCGCAGCUCGCGCAGUUCCCCUGCACCGACACGUGCGCGCAGGGCGAGGGCUGUGCGGGCGAGGGCCAGGAGCGAUUCUUCACAUUCACCCAGUAAAAGUGACAGUUCGUCAUCAUCAUCUCAGUAUUCUGACUGGGAGGCUGGUACUGCGCUAGCGCCGCCCGCCAGAGCGAGACGGAAACCUGUGCCCACUACUAGAUACAGCCCCAGCACGACGGCCGCCAAGCGGGCAGGAACCGAACUGCCGGAACAGUACCGCGUCGGCGAGUGGCUCACGGCGGUCGCGCCGCGUAAGGCGCCCUACCACCCGCAGAUGGGCGACCGGGCGGUUUACUUCCGGCUGGGUCAUCAGCGUUACUUUGAAGCGGUGGCCGAAAAGGACUUGUACAAAAUACACCCGAGAGACAAACCGUGGGAGAGGAUGCAUAUAAAUGAUUGCGAAGCGGUCAAAGUGGUCGGCAUGAAGUAUGCGAUAAAACCACCCCGCGUGGUCUGCCUGAAGUUGGCGCGUGAAAUGGAACGCGGCAGCUUCACGGUGCGAUACCACGACAUGCCCGACGUGAUCGACUUCCUCGUGCUGCGGCAGCAGUACGACGCGGCAGUGGCGCGCAGCUGGGGGCAGGGGGACAGGUUCCGCUGCAUGAUAGACGACUCCUGGUGGACGGGGAUAGUUCUCGAGCGAGUCAGUCCAGUCUGUGCAGGGCCGGAAUCGAACUCGCAACCCCACACGUCGAAUAGUAACGAGUGGGCUACUGGGGCGGCUUCUCAUUUCCUAUCAUUACGAGUUCAAUGGGACAACGGUGAAGUGGAGAGAUUGUCCCCAUGGGAUCUUGAACCGCUUGACCCGGAAAGGUUGCCAGCGGAGCCCGGCGGUUCGGUUGCCGUAUUGCCGCACGAGCUAGAAGCAGUGCUGUGCCGCGCGGGCGCGCACGAGUGGCCGCCGCACGCGUGCCGCGCGAUCGCCGCACACAUCUCGCAGGUGAUGUCGCUGUCAGUAGCGGAGCCGUUCGUGGCGCCGGUGGACCUGCAGCUGUACCCGUCGUACGCUAUGGUCGUACCGUACCCGGUCGACCUGGCGACCAUACGGGCGCGGUUCGAGAAUCUGUUCUACCGUCGACCAGCAGCAGCGCAAUUCGACGCGCGAUAUUUAGCCAGCAACGCGGAGCAGUUCAACGAGCCGCACACGCCGAUCGUUCGGCAGGCGCGGCUCGUCACCGACCUGCUGCUCUCCAUCAUCAGCCAGCAACGCGGAGCAGUUCAACGAGCCGCACACGCCGAUCGUUCGGCAGGCGCGGCUCGUCACCGACCUGCUGCUCUCCAUCAUCAGGUAGACCCUCGACACCAGGUAGCUAGCCAGCAACGCGGAGCAGUUCAACGAGCCGCACACGCCGAUCGUGCGGCAGGCGCGGCUCGUCACCGACCUGCUGCUCUCCAUCAUCAGGUAGACCCUCGACACCAGGUAGCUAGCCAGCAACGCGGAGCAGUUCAACGAGCCGCACACGCCGAUCGUGCGGCAGGCGCGGCUCGUCACCGACCUGCUGCUCUCCAUCAUCAGGUAGACCCUCGACACCAGGUAGCUAGCCAGCAACGCGGAGCAGUUCAACGAGCCGCACACGCCGAUCGUUUGGCAGGCGCGGCUCGUCACCGACCUGCUGCUCUCCAUCAUCAGGUAGACCCUCGACACCAGGUAGCUAGCCAGCAACGCGGAGCAGUUCAACGAGCCGCACACGCCGAUCGUGCGGCAGGCGCGGCUCGUCACCGACCUGCUGCUCUCCAUCAUCAGGUAGACCCUCGACACCAGGUAGCUAGCCAGCAACGCGGAGCAGUUCAACGAGCCGCACACGCCGAUCGUGCGGCAGGCGCGGCUCGUCACCGACCUGCUGCUCUCCAUCAUCAGGUAGACCCUCGACACCAGCUAGCCAGCAACGCGGAGCAGUUCAACGAGCCGCACACGCCGAUCGUGCGGCAGGCGCGGCUCGUCACCGACCUGCUGCUCUCCAUCAUCAGUAAUUGGCAGUCAAUAGACGUGGUAAGCAAGUACCACGAGCUAGCCGCAUCUUACCACUCGUCUGAUGAUGAACCACUGCAUGAUAAGAAACGCGUGCGCAGUGCGAACAGGCGGCGAAGCGAAAGCGAAGCGGGCGCGUGGCGGGAACGUGUCACCGCGUUGGUGAGGGAAUUGGCUGCUGCUGCUGAUGCUGAGCCCUUCAGACACCCCGUGGAGCCCAGCCAGGCACCUGAUUACCUAUCAGUGAUCCCAACGCCGAUGGACCUAGGCACAGUACAGCAGAAACUAGAAAAUGGCGACUACAACAGUGCUAGUGAAGUGGCCGCUGAUGUUCGGCUCGUGUUCGCGAACAGCAGACUGUAUAACACUAAUAAGCGGAGCCGGAUAUACUCAAUGACGGUGCGUCUAUCGUCCCUGUUCGAAGCUCUAUGGUCGCGCAUGCCCAUAGACACUAGAAGCACUAGACGCUCCACGAGACGGGAUCGACAUGUGCGACGUACGCGCAGGAGGAAGGAUACCGUGGAAACGAACGGCGACAUGCAGCACAAGAACGCGUCAUCCAGUUCGGAGUGCGAGACGCUCGCGGUCGCAUCGCGUCGCGCGGCUCGAUGCGAGCGGACGCGGGACGACUCGUGGGACAGCGAUGCUCCGCUCAAUGCGCAUACUAAAGGCAAAGGAGUGGGAAAGAAGAGCAAAAACGGUCCCGUAGCGAGUACGUCAAGUCGUGUGCCGCCAACGUUCGUAGCAACAAACGGAAUAGACACGGAGUCGGAGAACGAGGUGAGGCUCGCGGAAAUUCCGGACGGGAGCAGUUCCGAUUCCAGCGCGUAUUCCAGGAUACAGGUGGUGGAAGAAGAAUUGGCAGAAGACGAAGUAGAAGUGACUUAUGAGCCACCACCAACACGAACUCGACGGCACAGACAUGAUCAGAGCAUUUCUCGAAAACGUCGACGCCUCCGCAGUUCGGGCAGUUCGGGCGAACACACAGCUGUUAACCGACCGCACAAACGAACGCGUGAACGGUUCACCGACGGCUCUCUAUCAUCUUCGUCGUCUGGCUGGCAGUCUGGCUGGCGGUCUGGCGGGAGAUACGAGUCGGACCGUUCGUAUCAUCCCGGCUAUUCGACUGAUGAUGAAACGCCGCUGCUGUUGUACAGGCAAAGACAAGAAGGCGAGGUGGAGGCUGGUCCUUCGAGACGGCCGCAACAACACCGGAGUGGUGGUGUAAGCCUGCGCAAGCGCAGAAGUCCGCGGCGUUACAACGAAGAUAGCGAAGACGAUUCCAUAGCGGCCAUCAGCAAACGGCAGCAGAGGAGACAUCAUCCACCGGGUCCGAGUAUAUCGCACGCACGUUCAGCUCCUCACACGAACGAUCACAAUUACUUCAAUGGCCACGCGUCGCAUCAUAACGGGGGUUCCCCGGGCUCCGGGGGCUCGGCGGGCCCUGCGACGGGCCCUGCGGCAGGCCCCGGGCCGGCGGGCCCUGUGUCCAUCUCCUCGCGGGGCAGGGUCCGCCGGCUGACCGCCAAGGCCAGGGGCCUCCUGCGCGAAUAAUACAGGGCCUUCGAGCGGGGCCUGCGCGGGUUAACCAGCCCCCUGUUUAUAUCGUACAGGGGCAGGGUUAAGAAAAUCGCGCAACCCCGUGAUUGUGACUCGUCAUGAGGUCGACCCUAAGUGAAGUGGGGAUUGAAAGCCCUAAGUGAUUGUGUUAAGUGGAGAGACAUUCCCCUCAAGGAUUGUGUGGGGGUUGCAACCCCUAAAGUGUGUAUAGUGCAGUGUCGGACGCUGUAAGUAGUAAAUUAUGUGCAGUGAUACAUGAUCAGAACCCCUUAAGUACACACAGCCCUUAAGAAAUUGUGUAUAGUGCAAUAUCAGAGACAACUAAGUUAUUGUGUAUGAUCGCUAAGUGUUUGAUCUUGGUGGUACAGGGUCGGAACCCCUAAAUGAUUGUGUUCAGUAGUACGAUGUCGUGAAUGGAGCCCCUAACUUAACUAGAAAACCUAAGUAAAUGUAUGUGUGGUGGUAAGAACCCCUAAAUAAUUUUAUUAAAUAUUUUGUGACUUCAGGAUCAGGGGCGCGGAACCCCUGAUUAUAUAAUAAGUGUUUGUAUGUGGGGGUUGGGAGUCAUUUUGCUUGUCAAGUAGAACCCCUAGAUGUACCAAUUGAAUAGUGUAGUAAGCUAUUUGUUUGAAAUGUAGAUAUUGAUGAUUUGUUUAUUUUGUAUUAAGUAGUAAUAUCGUUUGACACUGACCCCCGUAAAGGUGUUGUGAGGGGUCUACAGGACCGCCUAUAAACUCGAUUGCUCAUAUUAAUAAUGUUAAAUAUUAGUGUUUGCACUUUGUACACUUUAGAUAAAGGAAUUUUAAUUUUGAUGAAUUACUGAUGUUUUUUUUUUGUGUAUAAAGUGUAGGCGCUAAGUAAUUCGGUAUUGUAUAGGUGUCGUCCACUAAAUUAAGCGAUUGUUGUGUAUCGAUUUACACUAAUAGUUAUUUAUUGUACAAUUGUGAUAUGUCAGAAUAGGGGUCGGGGGUCGAGUGGCCCUGCGAGGGGUUGUGGGACCUUUUCUAUAAAAAAUUGGAAAAUAUUUUGAGAAUUUCUUAUGUAAAAAUUAUUUUUAAUUAUUGAUGUAAAUUCAAUGUUUUUUUCAAU